AGUGAGCUGCAGAUAGGGUCCCGUCGGCGCUUGAACGGAUUAGGAGGGGUUGAUUUGCGACGAAAUGCUCACAGCACUUCUUACAUGGGCACCGCCACCGGACUGCACGACCGCGUGCACCGCACUGCACGACACAUGCCGAAUACUGUGAGGGCUCACCCCCAAUGGACUGCAUCAACGCACUGCAAAAUAUACCCAAUGGAAGCUUCUGAACUGCACUGCACCCAAAUUACAUCAGUUUUUCUGAAAAACAUUGGAAAUUAUUCUAAACAGCAACAAUACUGGGAUGGGAUGCACAUGGUGAGCUGCAUGGCAUCGCGCCUCCGUACUGCAUGCCGUUGGUGGCUGGGACCUCGUCAGAAUAAGAGGAAAGGGGUUGGCAGAGAGGUUGGGGAGAAGAGCCCCUCAUCGUCUUGCUCUAGAGGAGGUAGGGGAAGGUCACCUGAAUGAGGAGGAGGCGACGGGGGUCAGAUUUAUGCGGUGGGGGAAGGAGCCCGGCUGCACGUGCGCGGAUUUUUGCUGAAUGAGUAGGUUGGUUUGCUCGUCGGAUCCGCCGCGGGAAGCGGAGGGGUGCUAGUGCAUGCCUCCUGACUGGCCUCCUCCCGGUGGCAAGCAGGGGAGUUGCUCGACGGGGCCUCCCUGCCGUAGAGGGAGAGGACGACCAGAGCCGGAUCCGCCGCGGGCAGCAGAGGCACUGGUGUGGAUUUCGUCGGAUCCAGCGCCGGGCUGCGCGAGUGGACGGAUUCCACACUGAGGGUCGGCGGCGGCCGGAUUCGUCGUUUAUGGCCGCACCAAUGGUCGUGGCGGCUGGAUCCGGUGGCUGAGGCCGCGUCGGGGGCGGAGGAGCGGCCGGAUCCCGCCAUGACCGCUGAUGGCGAGGGAGAAAGAGAAGGGUGGCGGCCGGCGUAGAAGGUGGUGCCAUGGGAUGUGGCCGGAGAAGGUGGUGGGCGGCGCCGCCGGAGAA